AUGGAGUAUGGUGUUUAUGUUCAACAUACAUCUGAUAUCAAUAUGAUUCUGAUGUGUAUCUAUGUUGAUGACAUAUUACUAACAGGGAGUUGUUCAGAUGAGAUAGUCAAGUUCAAAAAGGUGUUGAUGAAUGCGUUUGGGAUGAGUGAUCUAGGAAAUAUGGUAUAUUUUCUAAGGAUGGAAGUUCUAUACUCUGAUAAGGGUAUAAUUUUUCAUCAACUGAAGUAUGAACUUGACCUUCUGAACAUAUUGGAGCUAAUAAAUUGCAAGUCUGCAAUCACACCUACUGAAACAAUUCACAAGCUAGAUUAUGAUGAUGAAGUUAAAAUUGUGAGUAGGUUUAUGAACAAACCAAAGUGGUCACAUUACCAAGUUGUUAUUAGGAUACUGAGGUAUAUUAAAGGGAGUCAGAGAGUUGACAGAAGAAGUGCUUCUAGAUAUUUCUUCAAGUAUUUGGGAGGUCCCAUUUCUUGGUGCUCUAAGAAGCAACUAGUGGUUGCAUUGUCAACCUGUGAAGCUGAGUACAUUGCAGGUGCUUUGUCUGCUUGUCAAGCUGUUUAG